GGAAGAAGAAGAAGAAGGAAUCUGGGUAACCGAGGAGAUUCGAGAGAUUGGUUUUAAUUCCUCAAAACCUUGACAUAGCUAGAUACUUUGCGUUGGAGAUUGCAUGAUUCUUGCGACUUUGUUAUGAUCUAAUUGUUGGCAAAGUCAUACAAUUCCACCUAAAAAAGCAAGCCAAGCUUGUAUGUAUUCGUAAAUUGUGGCUUUAUUUUAGCUAGCGCAUUAGCUAGCAGGCUAGCAUUAACUAGCUAGCAAGAUAACUACGCUAGCUAGCCAAAUAGCUCAGCCCGGAUGCGGUGAACUACAACAAGCUUUUGGCCUUGGAAUAGUAAAGCAACGGGCUUGAAUUAUGUCAAGCAACCGUCAACAGCAAACUGGCGGCGGAGCAGGGCCUGGGACAAGUAGCAGCAGUACUGGUGGCACUAACAAUGCUAACGGUGACACCAGCGUAGGCGGCAGUGCGAAUGUGAACCAUUCUUCAAAUGUUGUGCCCUCCCGUAGUCUUGCAACAGCUGGCGAGGGAUUGCUUGUACCUGCAGUAGUGGCUGUCCAGACUCCAAGAAGCUUAACACCAUUAAUUAGACCCAAUUCAUCCUCCUCUGGCAGCAGCAGAAAACGUCCUCUCCACCACGCACCCCUCUACAACGGUCUCUUGAAUUCCUACGAAGAUAAAAGCAACGACUUUGUGUGUCCAAUUUGUUUUGAAAUGAUUGAGGAGGCGCACAUGACAAAGUGUGGACACAGUUUCUGCUACAAGUGCAUUCGCCAGAGUUUGGAGGACAGCAAUCGAUGUCCAAAAUGUAACUACAUCAUUGACAACGUGGAUCAACUCUAUCCAAACUUUCUUGUGAAUGAACUUAUUCUUAAACAAAAACAGAGAUCAGAUGAAAAACGUCUGAAGAUGGACCAUCCGAAUGGGUCAAGAUGGCAGGUGUUCCAAGACGUCCUAGGCACAGACCAAGAGAACCUAGAUCUUGCUAAUGUCAACUUGAUGCUGGAGCUCCUCGUACAGAAAAAGAAACAACUGGAAGCGGAAUCCCAGGCAGCACAGCGUCAGAUCUUAAUGGAAUUCCUGAAAGAAGCCAAAAGAAAUAAACGAGAGCAACUGGAGCAGCUGCAAAAGGAGCUAAACUUUUUGGAGGAGGAUAUCAAGCGUGUUGAGGAAAUUAGUGGACUGUACUCACCAGUGAGUGACUUGGAUCGCAACUUGGACAGCACUGUACCCAAUUUUGAGGCUCCCUCACCUGCACCCAGCAGUUUAGAUUCAACAGAGUAUGUGAGUCACCCUCCCGGCUUUGGUGGAACCUCCCAGGGAAAGAGGCAAACGUGGUACAACAGUACUCUGGCUUCACGGAGAAAGAGGCUUACUGCACACUUUGACGAUCUGGAGCAAUGCUACUUCUCUAACAGGAUGACCCGAAUAACAGAUGAUAGCCGGAAUUUAAAUCAACUGGAUGAUUUCAUGGAGUGCCUCUCGAAGUUUACACGCUACAACUCUGUGCGGCCUUUGGCGACGCUGUCGUAUGCUAGCGAUCUCUACAAUGGUUCCAGUAUUGUCUCUAGUAUAGAAUUUGACCGUGACUGUGAUUACUUCGCCAUUGCUGGCGUCACCAAGAAAAUCAAGGUGUUUGAGUACGGAACAGUGAUCCAGGAUGCUGUGGACAUUCAUUAUCCUGUCAAUGAAAUGACAUGUAACUCCAAAAUCAGCUGUAUCAGCUGGAGCAGCUACCACAAGAAUCUUUUGGCCAGCAGCGACUAUGAGGGAACAGUCAUCCUGUGGGAUGGCUUCACUGGCCAAAGGUCAAAGGUCUAUCAGGAGCAUGAGAAAAGAUGUUGGAGUGUUGAUUUCAACCUCAUGGAUCCUAAGCUUCUAGCCUCUGGUUCUGAUGAUGCGAAAGUGAAAUUAUGGUCUACCAACCUUGACAAUUCUGUGGCCAGUAUCGAGGCCAAAGCGAAUGUGUGCUGUGUCAAGUUCAGUCCAACAUCUAGGUAUCACCUAGCUUUUGGUUGUGCAGACCACUGUGUCCACUACUACGACCUUCGCAACACUAAACAGCCCAUCAUGGUGUUCAAAGGCCACAGGAAAGCUGUGUCAUAUGCAAAGUUUGUCAACGGAGAAGAAAUUGUAUCCGCUUCAACAGACAGCCAGCUAAAGCUGUGGAAUGUCAACAAGCCCCACUGCUUGCGCUCAUUCAAGGGCCACAUCAAUGAAAAGAACUUUGUUGGCCUGGCCUCUAAUGGAGACUAUGUGGCAUGUGGAAGCGAGAACAACUCCCUUUAUCUCUACUACAAGGGGCUGUCUAAGACACUGCUGACAUUCAAGUUUGACACUGUGAAGAGCGUGCUGGAUAAAGACAAGAAGGAGGACGACACCAACGAGUUUGUCAGCGCUGUAUGCUGGAGAGCUAUGCCUGAUGGGGAGUCCAAUGUGCUGAUUGCUGCAAACAGUCAAGGAACAAUUAAGGUACUUGAGUUGGUUUGAACGUCUACUAGAUCUCCUCAUCAAAGCCUCUGUAAACUACAGCUCCAUUUCCUCCAUGGCGAGUCUUAAGUCUAGGGAUUGGAGCAUAAUAGUGGCUUGGUUGAAUGGAUACUCUGCCAUUCUGGGUCAGGCAUGCUGACCAGAUUGAGAGAAUGAACAAAAAGUCCUAUUGGUUUUGAUAAGGAAGAAUACUUUGGAACAGACUUUGAGCACAUCAUACACUAUUAUAUUGUUGAUGUCUGUAAUUGGGUGCAAGAUUGUGGGCCUUUCUGCACAACAGUGGAAGAUGAAUCUUUUAAAAGCCUCUUUUUGAAUGAAGUCUUUGACUAAUAGAACAUCUCUUAAUAUGAUUUGAGGUUAAAUUUAGUUUUUUUUUUUUUUAAACAUGUAACAUUUUAUUUCCUGUAGAGGUACAUCCAGCAAGAAGCUAAGAUGCAUUUUAAAGGCCAAAGCACAAGUCAAAACAAAAAUAAAAUGCAAAAUGACUCAUCAUUGUAUGAAUGAUUUUUGUUCCCAAUGUCUGUCAUCCUUUUCGAAAUCCUUCGGUUUCCUCUGAUGUUUAGCCUAUGUGAUGAUUCAAAGAAUGGCAACCUUUUAACUGGACUUAUUAUUCUGCAGUCAUGUUUUCAAUGUUAUGGCUUAGCAGCAUUAAGACUGUUGUCAAGCGUUGACAAUGUUUGAGACGCUAAAGAAGGACCUCUGAAAUUGCGACAUUACACUCGUCAUGCUAUACCAUAUUAGUCUUAUGGCAAAAUGUGACUGAAGAUGUAUUUGAUAAUACUUUCCAUUUGUAUUUUCAUGGCGCAUGUUGCAACCAGCACAGAUCAACACAUUAAAUCAAGUGAAUUAGCUAGACAGCCAAGAUGUACCUAUUUUCUGAUAAAAGACCAAGAAAGAUGUUUUGUAUUUGUAUACCUGAAUAAAUUAUUUGCAGAGAA